CCCGAGAGACCCAGGCAAACAAGUCCCCAGGAGUCCUCACACACACGCGUGAACACCAUGGUGCACUGAGCACUAAACGGAUUUAUUUCUCUGUGUGGACACAACUGUUUUGCAGCCAUGAACAAACUAGCCAGAGCGCUCUACGACAACACGGCGGAGUGCGCGGACGAACUGGCCUUCCGGAAAGGGGACAUCGUGACGGUGAUGGACCAGAGCGUGGCGGGCACCAGCGGCUGGUGGAUGUGCUCCUUGUACGGCCGGCACGGCCUGGCCCCGGCAAACCGACUCAAGCUCUUACCCCAGGCUGGACCCGCUGCUGGCCCCUCCGGCCACGAGGCAGAAAAACCGCAAUCAGCCCAGGACACAAACGAGGACAGCGUACUGAACAUCUACCAGAUCCCCAGUGUCCCCAAACCCAGCCAUAGCCCCGCCUACGAACGCAUGGACGUGAUCUACAAGGUUCCAUCCACUCCAUUGUCAUCCAUGAGAAGUCCCACUUUAGCAUCUGCGAAGCACGACGCAGAUGAACACGAAAUGAAAAAGACAUCAGCAAUUCCCGGACGGAUGCCGCAAAUAAACUCAUGGCUUCAAAUUUCAGAACUGGAGAAGAGAUUUAACUCUCAUGAGGGUUCAGUCUGCAGCAGUCCAGCAGACUCUUCUGUGUAUGAAGUUCCAUCACCUCUGACUCAAGUCCAAAACUACGACUUCCCUGUUCCUGCAGCCCAACACAAAAUGAUGAUUGGAUGCCAGACAAUGCCUAAACCAUGCAAAGCCGAGUGGAUCUACGAUGUACCUGCGGGCUCUGAAAAACAAGAUCCACCCCAAGAUUUCUGUGAUUCCUUUACUCUCAAAUCCAUGCAGCUUUAUGACACUCUACCAGCACGUGUUUUUCCCAUUAAAAAGGACAACCCAGCCUCUUUGCUUUAUGACAUACCAAGGCCCAGUUCUGUUGACAUCACAAAUGUAUCCAAAGUGUUACCACAAGUUCAGCCGUGCAACACAUCCCAAACAAUCGAGCUUACAGAGAUGGUAGAAUAUGAUGUUCCACCCAAGGAUAAACCCCUUUGUCAUCAAGUUGCCAGCAAUCUUUCCGACGAUCAUAAACCUCUGGAGUGUAGAGGUGAUUCAAGCAACAUUUCUAAAAUGAAAAGGGAACGGCAGCAGCGGAUAAGGGCGUUUCUGGCUUGUACGUCAUUCACAAAUCUUCCAGGGAAUGGGGAGUUGCUGGUGCAGGAUGAGGAGAAGAGUAAAACCCCAUGUCUCUCUACAACUGACAGUCAAAGAAUCAGCACCGCCUCCAGCUCCUCCAGCAGCUCCUGUGACUCGUUUGCCCUGAGCUCAUCUUCUCCCGAGCCCCACCGGGAAGUGGCGCUCAGUCAGGAGGAGGCCUGUCGCAAACUCUUUGAGCUGCAGGAGUCCGUGUGCACGGCCGUUCCCCAACUGAUGGAGUUUGUUAGCAGUAACUGGAGGUGCAAACAACAUCUGGAAAAACACCUGGAAGAGAUCAAAGCAGCAGCGGAAGUCGUUGCUUUUUCUUUGAUGGGCUUCCUAACGUUUGCCCUCGACGUUAAGGGUAACGCACGCCGUCUGACCGAUGCUAAUCUGCAGAGCCGGCUCAAUAAGCAGCUGUCCAUCGUAGAGGACUCCGGUGUGAUUCUACAGCAGACAGUGAGCGCUCUGAACAUGGCGGGGUGGCCCCUCAGUACACUCUGCCAGGAUCCAGGCCAUGUGCAGACUCCCGAUCAACUGGACCGUUUCGUCAUGGUGGCCCGCACUGUUCCAGAUGACGUCAAACACCUUGUGUCCAUCAUCCACGCCAACGGCAAGCUCCUGUUUAAAGGAAAGAAAAAUCCAGAGGCUGUAAGCAUCAAAGAUCCUCCAGAGCCAAAACAAAGUCCAGACGGACCUGAACCAGGAAGGGACCCGGAGGAGGACGAAAAUGACUACGUGGUCCUGCAGACUACAGAUGAGGAACAAAAAGGGGAAGUGCAGACGGAACCAAACGACAAGGUCACAUUAGCUGCUGAUACAGCUAAAACUCCAGCGGGCAGCGGAGACGCACAUCGCCAGUCGUCCGUGUCCGAGCACUGCCGGCUCUACUUCGGAGCUCUUCAGAAGGCCAUCGGGGGCUUUGUGGGCAGCCUUCAGCAGGGUCAGCCGCCAGAGAAGUUCAUUUCAAAAAGCAAGCUGGUGAUCAUGGUGGGCCAGAGGUUGGUGGACACCAUGUGCAGAGAAGCCCAUAAAGGAGGGCCCAGCCAGAGCCUGCUGUGUAAGAGCAACCACCUGUGCGCCCUCCUGAAGCAGCUGGCCGUGGCCACCAAAAAAGCUGCGCUGCAUUUCCCCGACAAGGAAGCCCUGCACGAGGCCCAGGAGUUUGCAAAGGAACUGGCCCAAAGAGCACAGCACUUUCGAAUAUCUCUCGAACUCUGAGAGCACAAGUCCUAAGCAUGCUCAUUUACUGGUACAAAAAGCAUUUCACCCAUCAAACAUUUAUCUGUUUCUCAAUGUAUCGUAUUCAACUUUUUCUGAGCUUCACUAGGCCGUAGGUUUUUGAUGAAUGUCUUAGAAUAAAUGGAGAUUGCGCUUGAAAACAUUUAAAUGUUAUGGGAAAAAGCAGUUGCAUUUGUUAUAAACACAGUGGAGUUCCAAAAGAAAUGGGAUCUCUAAGAUAGUGUCUUCAAAGUCAUUUUAAAAUGCAAUUGAUGUAUAGAGUAUAGAAUAGAAUGUUUUAUAAAAUUUACAAUUAUUUUAUAAUCUUUGAAAAUUCAUGAAGAUUAUGUUUUUAUCAAAUUUGGGAAUGAUAUAUAUAUUUUCUAGGGUAGCA